CUUCUUGAUCCACGUGACUAAUUCUGGAAUUUUCCGGACUUAAGCGGUCGCGGGCGGAACAUGAGUAAUCGCCUGCAUAUCACCCGUGGGCCCGACAUUUAAACAUCUCCUCAUUCUUGACUCUCGACAUCCCCCAUCACAAACAUGGCUUUCUUUCUACGGCGCCCGUUCGCUGUAUCCUCGGCACUUCGCCAGGUCCCUAAGCUCACAAACACCGCCCGAUUCAUUCACAAUUCUCCCAUCAAGCCCACUCAGGCAACAAAGCCUCAGGGCGUUUCGUCCUCGAUCUUCGCCAAGUCCCGACAGAACUUCCAAAAUGCCUUCCGCCGUACAUACAUGCAGCAGAGCUUCAACCCUGCACAGGGUGGUAACAUGACCCAGAAACUGGUGUAUGGUGCUGCCAUUAUUGGUGGUACGGUUCUGGCAACCAACUUCAUCUUCAACCGUGAAACGAGAGAGGACGGCGGUAUGCCCGCUUACGAGCGGAGCUUCUUGAACGAAACUUUCAUGCACACUGGUCUUGGUAUUGGUAUCAUUGGUGUUGCUGCUCGCGCCCUCCACAUGAGCGGCUGGUCUUAUCGUCUCAUGGCCAUGAACCCGUGGCUCGUCAUGGGUGUCGGUCUCGUUGGCAGCAUCGGCUCCAUGUACGGCACUUUCUACACUUCCCCGGAUAACUACGUCAUGAAGUAUGGCUGCUGGACUGUCUUCAACCUUACCCAGGCUGCUCUUCUCUCCCCCUUGAUGUUCAUGAAUCCUGCCAUUCUUGCUCGUGCUGGACUUUACACUGUCGGUAUGAUGGGCUCAAUCGCUUUUGUCGGUGCCACUGCCAAGCAGGAGAAGUACCUAUACCUGGGUGGUCCCCUUCUUGCCGGUGUGACCAUCGUUGCUCUCUCUGGACUGGCCCCCAUGGUCCUCCCUGCUACUGCCGUUCGCACUCUCAUGUGGUCUGAGCGCCUCUGGCUGUAUGGUGGUCUUGCUGUCUUUGGUGGUUUCACUCUUUACGACGUGCAGAAGAUUCUGCACCAUGCUCGUCUUGCCGAGCGCGGCUUGAUCAAACGUGAUGUGGUCAACGAGUGCGUCAGCCUCGAGUUGGAUUUCAUCAACAUCUUUAUCCGCAUGGUCCAGAUCCUCGGCAUGGGCAACAACCGUCGUUAAGCUACUUGAUAUCCACUGUAUUAAAUGUGCAACCUGAUCUCGGGUUUGUCUACCACUAGAAUUUGUGUUUCGCUUUUUUUUCUCGGUCAUUUGACAGCCCUGCAUUUGAACCAACUGUUUAUUUUUUUUAUUUUUUUUGUUCUUUAACUUUGAUGCUUCUUCAGAUGGGCAAGCGCAGUUAAUCACUGUUUGCUAAGAGACAUAACAGACAGGGUAGCGAAUACAAUCUCCACUCCCUAGACAUUUCUGUUGCAUCCAGAAACAUUGUUGACAAUGCUUCGAGUCUCCAAAUUCCGGCUUUGGAAGAGAAAGGAAGAUGUUCCAAGCUGUCAAAACAAAGAAACAUCAUAGUAGUCAUCUAAUAGUCAACUAUUUAUGUAAAUAGGUAGUGUUUAGUUCCAGGUGAAUAUGUGUG